AUGAGCAAGCGAAUUUCAGAACUUGGCCGCAUAGCUAGCAAGAUCUUGAAGGAUAAUGUCAGACUCUCGAUUGCCUGCCCCGAGUCGGAACUCGGUAGCCUCCGAGAGCUUCAUUGCCUAUACCAUGCCUUCCUCUUUAGGCGCACCCAUCACGUAUCUGAUCUACGAAAGAUCAAAACCAUUGCCACCGUGGCGACAUUCAGAGGAGGCCAGUGUCUUAUCGUUCACUGUAGACAGAAACAGCAGUCUCAUUUCGGGGAUCCGACACGACAAUACUUCAACACUGAAGGGGGUCUGCCGAUCAGCCUUGCUCCGCGAGCCAGAUACUGGCAAUAUCGUUAUCCUCCAUCGGUAGGAGAGAUUGUGGCGAGGUUCGAUAGCUCUAGGGGAAUCGGGCGAAAGCAAGCCGCGAAAACGGUCCAGGCUCGAUCUUACAAUUGCUUUGAUCAGUUCGUGCUGUCGAGAGGGAACUCUCUCCCUGGCGGUAGGCAAUCCGUUUUGGUACCUUUUCAUGGUCAUCGGGCUAAAUCGUAUGACGACGCCAAAAAGCAGCUGCUUCAGGUCAUCUGGGAGCACGCAAAGGAUUCGAGCGAGUCUGACGACGCGCAACUCCUUGAUCGACUUGCGAUGGACAUGGAAUCUAUAACUUGGGAGAGUGAGCGACCCGAGCCUUCGAUAUGGUUCUUAUGGCGUAAGGCCAAGGACCGUCUGCCCCUGAUACACGGCGGUGAGAUGGCGCCUAAUCUCAGUCUCUCGACUCUCGACAAUCAGUUCAUCAUGACAAACACAUCCAUCAACACCUAUAAAGUGUCUUCGAUGCGGGGAGAGGACAGCUGGAGCUGGACCAAAGACCCCGUGACCGUCAUCAGUCAAUAUGAAGGCAGAUCUCUUCAGAUCCAGUCGUAUCAUUACGACAUAGCAACAUGGACCUUCGACAACAACGAGCCAACCCUCGAGCAACCCCAGUAUGAGGACCUUUCAGUGCUAACAACAUACGUGAACGAAGCCCUCUCCUUUGUACCUCGAGGAAGUGAUAUGCACGACAAGUUACUCAGAAUCCAGAACAAGCUCGAGACCGAAGGACUCGACAGCAACACGGACAAGGACCGACAGCUGGUGCUUGAAGACGCUCCUGGCCAGCAGUUGGCAGAUCUAGCAGACCGUAGCCCUUUGUCUGUACAGAAGCAACAAGCUGUCAACCCGAACGAUAAGGACGGAGAUCUACCAGAGAGCGUAACGGCAGGAGGGAUUUGA